AAUCACAGCUAGCCCGGUUUCUCUCUCUCUCUUUGAACAGUUACUUUGAGAAGCAGAAAGCAGAGUGGCAGAAGGAGCCGCACGAGCCCGCCAUCCCAGAAUCCCUCGCCGCCGCUGCAGCAGCAGCACAGCAGCUUCAGGUCUCCAGGAAGCAAGAUGCACGCCAGACGGCCACCUUCAGACAGCAACCCCCCCCCAUGAAGGCUUGUUUGUCCUGCCACCAGCAGAUUCAUCGUAAUGCCCCCAUCUGUCCAUUGUGCAAGGCCAAGAGCCGCUCCCGCAACCCAAAGAAGCCCAAGAGGAAGCCCGACGAGUAGAUCCUACCCUACCUUCAGCCUCAGUUUAACGGGACCUGGUCUGAAACACUGAUCCAAGAUCAGCCAUGUACUUCACAAUAUAUGACUGAAAUAACAGAUCUAUGCUUCAGGGCAACUUCCACAAACAGUCCUCUCUUAAACAAGUCGUCUUAGUACCUUUUUCAUAAACUGUCAACUGAAAUUGAUGGAGGAUCUGGUGAUGUCAUUCUGUUUGUUUUAACCGUGCUUUGGAUGUGUUUAUAUGUAAUUGUAUGACUUCUAUAGUAGGUUUAAUAACCCCUAACCAUGUAGCUGCAAUAAUGCAAAAAUGAAACUUGACAAAAUGCAGACCUUUUUUUCCCCAUGUUGCCAUUGUUCUUUGCCUUAGAUAUUGUACUGUAUUUUCAAGUUUUUUAAUGCAUGUGUGCUUCCAUGGCUGUCUGUCUUGUAUUUGUUUGUGCCAAUGAAAAUGUUGAGUAGGCUUAAUUAAAGUUAGAUAAAACACAAUGUUGUUUUAAUGUUUACAGUGUUCAAGUGACAACUGGUGGGAUAAGAAAAGAAAAAAACCCAGACUCAUCCGCUCUGAAAAGUGUUGUGUGUUUAACUUUAAUACAGUGAUAAGAAAAUAAAUUGCUGUUUUGUAUUAA